AUGCCGCGCGGUCGGUUGUCGAACGGGAAACGCGGGCCGACACUGCCUAAGCGUUUGAGCGUGGCCAAGAAGGGAAACGAGGUGGUACAGCAUGAGCAAGAUGACGGCACUGGUGCAGAGAGUGCUUCAUCGUCCGAGCGCAAUGAAGAGGAUGGCGAGGCAGACUCAGACACAUCGGCCUCAGCCUCACCCGAAGAAUCUGGCGAACCUGCCACUGGAGGGAAGACGGCCGAUGAUAGGUGUGCGGGAACCGCUUCACCCAAAGCAGACGGGCGCGAAAGUUGGGGCGCGGGGGAGACGGAUGUGUUUCGGGGCGAAGGUCGAGGACAUGUGGACGUGCAUGUAGACCGCGCAUGCGGGACCCCAGUGGACACCGACGGCGAUGACGUGCGCAUCUCGAGCAGGGUUCUCGAGCAACUCAUCCAGGCUCAGGACAGGAGCGCCAAGGAGAACGCGCGGUUGGAGGCGCUGUUCUUGAAUGCAAUGGCGCAGCCUUCUGGUGGAUCUCGUAAGCGUAAGGCUCGGAAGCAGAGAGACCCGGAGCAGGGCUUCGCUUGUUUGGCGUUGGCGGCUGACAAGUCCCGACGGGCGGAUCUCAACGAGACGCUGUCGGAGUGGAAGACAAGGGCUGCCGCUCGCGUGCGAGACAUUGCACUUCCCAAGCUCGGCCUGUUCCGGGACGACAGGGACGCAUCCAGCCCGUGGGCACCUGAAAAGGAGCGUAGUAUCGAGAAGAUAAGGGAGCGCAUUGGGCUUGGCGCUGACCCCCCUGAAGCUCUAGUGCUGACGAGCUGGGCGCACGACAGGGAUGGCAUGCUGUUUGCCUCCCGGGCGUUCGCGACAUGUCCGAAGGCUGCCUUCAAGCCAAAGAAGGCAGGGCUGGUGAUGACCCUUAAGGUCUCCGAAUGCGUCCUCUACUGGGAGGCGCGGAAAGGCCGGCUCUCCAUCUUGGCGGGCGGGAACGCCCACGUUGUGGAUGGGCUCAAGGUCCUGGUCAAGGAGGACGUGGAGAGGGCGAUCCGUAUCCGCAACCCCGAGUAUGACGCGGAGCGCGAGGCGUGGAUUUGGGGGCGCCAUGGCCUGCGCAUCUCUGCGUGCGGCCUGGAGCACAUGAAGCCCGCGGCCGCCGCCCAGUCCGAAGGCAUCGUAGGGGAUGACGACCUUUCGGCAUCAGAAAAAUGUCCGCCCAGUUUGGGGCAGUAA